GAUGUCACAAGGCCGCCAGUGUGACAACUCUGGGUGGUGAUAUGGAACUCCGCUCUCACAAGUAGUACUACAAGUGCAGACUAGUGCAGACUAUUCAAGAUAUACCCUCAUCCAUUUUAAUCCAUGCCGCCUAAAAUCUCGAAUGAUCUUGUCUCUCGAAUCUGGAAGGGGGAAGUCACCGGCCAGGGUGGCUUAUUGUCAGGAGUAGAUCCCGCAACGUUCGGCACAUCAGAUUCCCUGAGGGUAUGGAUAAUUCAGAUGGGUACGAUUAUUAUGACGGUGCAACUACUGUCACUUGGUUUGAGCAAGAUCAGACAGCCGAAGGUCAUCGCUGGAGUAAUGGGUGGAAUUCUCCUCGGUCCUACUGCCAUGGGUCGAAUCCCUGGUUUCACCCAGCACAUUUUCCCCGCUCAGUCCCUUCCACAUCUCUCGGUAGUUGCCAACAUUGGCCUCUGCCUAUUUUUCUUGAUAAUCGGUCUUGAAAUCGACACGAGCGUCAUCAAGCGUAAUGCUCGUUUAUCUUUGUCCGUUGCACUCUCUGCCAUGGCCUUGUCCUUUGGUCUCGGUGCUGCCAUCUCUGUGCCACUCUACCGCAAUUUCAUUGAUCCCUCCGUCAACUUAACAUACUUUAUGCUUUUCACCGGGCUGUCGUUCUCUAUCAACACUUUUCCCGCUCUUUAUCACGUCCUCAGCGCACUGAAGCUCCUAGACACGACGGUCGGCGUCAUUGUCCUGUCAGCUGGCGCGUGCAACGACGUAGUGUGUUGGAGUCUGUUGGCACUAGCGGUGGCCCUCGUCAAUGCGACCUCCGGGCUUACUGCUUUAUGGAUCCUGCUGACGUGUGUGGCAUUUACAGUAUUUCUCAUGUGGCCGGUUAGAAUCGCACUGUUGCGGUUCGCUAGGCUCACAGGAAGUACGGAGAAUGGACCCACGAUAUCUUUUAUGAUUGUUACUGUGAUUAUUCUUUGGGCAUGUGCUUUCUUCGCGGCUGCUGUGGGGGUCAACGCUAUUCUUGGUGCGUUCCUGGCGGGUGUAAUUAUCGUUCCACGCGAAGGAGGACUUGCCAACUUGCUGAAGGAGAAGCUUGAAGAUAUGGUGUCAAUCGUGUUUUUGCCUGUGUACUUCACACUCUCCGGGUUGAAUACCGACUUUGGAUUGCUUAACAACGGCGUGACUUGGGGAUUCACGAUCGCAAUCAUAUGUCUGGACUUUGCUGGAAAAUUCAGUGCUUGUACAAUCACUGCUCGGGUUUCCGGGAUGAGUUGGCGAGACUCAAGCACUGUUGGAUCGUUGAUGAGUUGUAAAGGUCCUGUGGGAUUGAUCGUUCUCAACAUUGGGCUCGCUGCCGGCAUUUUCACCGAAAGGGUGUUCUCAAUGUUUGUCCUCGAAGUUUUAGUCCUGACUUUCAUGAUCACACCCCUGGUCUCCUUCCUUUAUCCUCCUGAACGCCGACGGGCUCGUGCGCUAUCUGGAGGUAUUUCACGGCGGUCGAUUACCGACAGGGAGGAAGAUAUAGACAGUCACCAGUCUCACAUUACUGAGGAUCGACCAUGGCGCUCCCGCUUCACUGUUGUCCUCGACAAAUUGGACCAUGCAUCGGGAAUGCUGGCAGCCACUCAACUGAUAUUACCGUCACCCUUGGGCACAACUUCUCAAGAAAGUGAGGUAUGCAUGAACGCCCUCCGUUUGAUUGAGAUGUCAGUUUCGGACAUCAGGAAGCCCUCAGCAGUAAAUACCCUCAUCCACACCGACCCGGCUCUGGGCGUCUUUCGCACUUUUGGAGAGCUCAAUGGUAUACGCGUUUCGCUUUCACUUUCUAUUGUCCCAUACGAGGACAUGUCAAAUGCUGUCUCCGAUCAUGCGACACGGUAUGGAUCUGAGCUCAUCCUCUUACAAUUGCUCCCACCGCUGCCGUCUGACUCCGGAGAUACGACUGAAGACUCGCGUAGCCCACACAGCACGAGGAUCGAACCAAAUUUAUUCCAAAGAUUCUUCUGCUGCUCAAAAGGGACAGGCAUUAUUCCCGCACCCAUUGUCCACUCGCAGUUUGUGCGCAGAGUAUUAGCAGACAGCAAGACAGAUGUUGCCCUUUUCAUCGAUCCAGGUGCUUCACUCUCUGGUACUGAUCCUGGGAGUGCACGACACAUAUUUUUCCCCUUUUUUGGCGGUCCGGAUGAUCGACUUGCACUUGAGUUUGUGAUGCAGCUCUGUGAUAAUCCCAACGUCAGUGCGACGGUAGUGCGGAUGUUGAGACACAGCGCUGAGCGUGCUGUACUUCAAUGGCCGUCGAUCCCACGUCCAGAGGAGGAAGACAGUGAUGUAACGCGGAGACCAGGAUAUCACGGAAUGCCUAUUCAAUCAACUGUCGUUUUGCCAAACACAUCUUAUGGUCAAACACGCUUUGAGUCAGAGACAGCCGAUAGCAUCCUCUGGGCACAAUAUGUCGACUCACAUGCAUCGUCCGACAUGCACCCCUCAAUUCGCGCUGCCCUGUCCCGGAUCAGAUUCUCUGAGCAUUCGUCAACGACACCGCUACAUUCCGCCAUCCAGCUGGCAUCUACACGCAAAUCUGUUUUGGUCGUUGUUGGGCGCUCGCCGCGCUUUGGAUCGGACGAUCACAUGUCGGAGCUGGAGAACAUCCUGGAGGAGCGGGGUAGUGUUGGGCAGGUUGAUAUGAGGAAGACUAUCGGGGGUGCUGCGACUGCGUUUUUUGCCUCUGGUUGUGCGACUGGGGUGGUUGUACUCCAGGCCGCAAAUGCUAGCACUGACUGACGUGGCGGGGACGUCUAACUGGUAGAUUUCAGACAUUCUAUUAUUUAAGCUAUGUACCAAUACUUGCACAUUAAUGUGGCGAUAUACCCCCAUAGUGCCAUGUGUACGACUUUGCCAACACCUCAAAAGUCCGUCCUUUUUUGUAUCCCUAUUCAAAUUGGGCCAGCUGGGCCCAGGCUUACGGAGGGAUCAUAGCCGUGUGAAGGCGCGAAGUCAGGGAGAGAGGUACUAGGGAGAGGAGAGGUGCGGCAUAAUUGAUAAUAUUAUUCCUGUUGUUUGUCAGAAAAGGUUAUAAGGUUGGUGUCGUCACAUCUGGGAUGAUAUCUGGACCCGAGAGGGG